GAGGACAAGUCUAUGUAAAUACAUUUCAUAACGACUGUUGACAGAGGACUUAUGUCCAACGAUGUGUUAGCAUCACUGGCAUUAAACCAACACCUGGCACCCCCCCCUCCCCCCCGCCCUUACUCCACCGGGAAGCCUGGCAGCAGCAGCUAUGUUGUCCCGAACAGCCCUGAGCAGAGGAAUUACAGCCCACCGCCUCAGUAAGAAUGUCACUUUCUACGUGAACGAAAUAGCAUCUCCAGCCUCGGGAUGUCAGACCAAAGCCUCUCAAGACCUUAAACCUCUCAUGCUGAUGCUGCCGUGGUUGGGUUCGCGUCCCCAAGCUGUUGCCAAGUACUGCGAAAUCUACUUCCGCACCGGCUUCGAUGUGCUUGUAGUGGAGAGUGAGGUGCAAGAGUUCCUUUGGCCUCGCUGGGGUCUGGAUCAUGGAAAGAGUUUGCUGGAGUUGCUCCAGAGCGAGCGCUUCGCAUCCCGCCCACUUCUUGUCCAUGCCUUCUCUAUCGGUGGCUACACAUUUAGUCAACUGCUGGUGCACGUGUCCCAGGACACACAGAAAUAUCAGUCGCUCACUAAGAGGAUCAAAGGCCAAGUCUUCGAUAGCUUGGUGGUGGGCUCUCUGGAGACGAUGGCCAUAGGUCUAGGGAAGACUGUGUUUCCUCGUUUUGAGACUCUGGUCAAAAAGAUAAGCAUGCUGUACUUUGGCAUGUUCAAACACCAAACGGUGGACUAUUUUAACACAAGCAUCGAUGUGUUUUGGAACACUCCCAUCCCUGCUCCUGCACUCUUCUUCUUUUGCGAGAACGAUGCGUUAAGCGACGCGCGAUCUAUGGAGGAUCUGAUCGAUUACUGGCGGAAGUGUGGGAUAAACAUCACAGCAAAGAAGUGGGAGGAUUCAACACAUGCAGGUCACCUAAAGAGGCACCCACAAGAGUAUCUGACCACCCUCGACUUGUUCCUCUGUUCACUCCAAAUCACUCCGUUGAAGGCCAAAAUGUAAGAUGGUUUCAUUACAACCUAAUACCAUAUUAGCAUGACUUUUCUUAAACUUAACUUAAAGUGUUUGUUAGCUUAUGGUGUGUUGCUAUAUAGAUUCAUUUCCGAUAUGGUCAGCUAUCAGUCCUGUUCAUUUUAAUUCAAGUUUGAUGAAGUGAUGGGGAAAAAAAACUAUUUAUUCCUCGUUAUGCAUAAAAAGUGCAACUACAGUUUCAGCUUACUAUCAUGUCCCAUCAAAAACACAAUUAUUUUUCUUUCUUUUAAUCAACUAUUCAGUGCAACUCUAUUUCAGUGUAAAUAAAAUACUUUUAAAUUAAUAAUUAAAUCACACGUUUUUACCUUACCUUAAUGAAACCAAAUUUACGACAUAGUGUCUUUGUGAAGAAGCAGAACUCAAACAGUAUCUGAACUACUUCCCAAACCCUAAUUUCCAAAGCAAAUGUGUUAAAUACUGUUCUUCAUUUUCCUGUUCAAAGUUAUUCUUAGAGAUGAAUGCAGUAGAAAGAUGUGAGCAGAGAUAACCACAAGCACAUUUGCAUUGUAAGGCAAGGCUAUUUGUGUUACAGGUAAACUCAACAUGCUUUAUGUUAAAGUGCAUACAACAAGUGUCAUGACAAUAUAUGAAAAGACUUUUUUAAACUUAUGAUUCAUUGACCUGAUUAAUAGAGUCUCAAAGAAAAGUGUGUUCCAAUACCACAGCAAUCACUGGUUAUGGACAAAGAUAUUAGGACACUCAGGACACCUCCUCAACAAAGCAUCUGUUUUUUAAACUUGUCUGACAUUGUCUGAAUUCUGUACCCUUGAUUCUGUUUACAAGUUGGUUGUACUCUCAUCUCAGGAAGUAAAUUGCUGCUUUGAAUAAGUUGCAUAGUAAAGAUGUAGAGUUACAUUCCUCACAUCGGCACAGUGACGGCGAACACAGGGAAAUGAAACCUGUCACUUGUGAAACCUUCCAGUGUCUUCAAUGAAUGUCACGAUGUUCAGAAACCUCUCCACAUUACAGUUUCCAGUCAAUAAUGUAUAAAGCCAGAAAGGAGAUUUAUAGUGCAAUACAAAGGUUAUUUUGUGAAACAGAAUAUGAGCCAUUGUGCAUGCUUUGUUUUUCUACUUUCUCUACGCAAUAACCGUUCAUAGAUAUGCAAACAAUCUUCAGGGACCACUGAUUGUUUUGACUUGUGCCAUGAAGAAUAUCUCUUCUUCCACAAGGAAUUCCACCUUGUAGGUGUUUGUUGACCCUGCUGAACAAUAACCUUUUGAUAACACCCUAACACCCUCCAGUUCACAUGGCUCCUUCAGACAGAGGUGUCUCAAGAGGUCUUUUUUUUAUACGUUCUUUACCAAACAUGUUACAUUACACUGAUAACCUGUGAUAUCCAUCAGUUAUAUGGGUGUUUUUCCAAAACUGUCAGACUUUACAAAGGUUUACCUCUCUUCAAUUUUAAUGAGCCCCGUCUGUGACUGUUACACUAUACCAGAUAACCUCCAAAAUGUCUUGAAGGUGGUUGUUGAACACUAAAGCUUUGUCUUUCAUAACUUGAACUUGAAUACAAUUCUGAUAUGUGCAAUUAUAUUCCAAACAAGUUUUUGUCAACAUUUUAUUGUGCCUUUUGUUUGGUUUGGAAAUAAAUAUGGGAGCAACUUU